GUCCGAUCGUACGAGCUCGAUGCGAGCCGCUGGCCAUCCGCCGAGAAGACGACUGAGGUUGCUCAGCACAAGUGACGGGAAGUCACUGCCCCGACAGGUGAUCUAGGUUAUCGCCUGUGUUGGUAACGGCGGGGUAUCGUGAGUUUAAAAAGCACUCGUCACUAUUAAAAGGUGAUUGGCUUUACUAUCGUUCAAUCGUUUGCACGUCUUGGCUGGUGUGACACUCAAUGACGUUAGGCAGUGAUGAUACUGUGAUGCUAUCCAUAAGACACCUCGCCCUCCCGUAUAUACUUAUAUCUGCUGAUGACGCUGCAGAUGUUCCAAUUCUUUUUCUCUCAUUUUCGUCACUCGAGUAGUAAAUACGAACUCUUGUCAACAUUGCAUUUACCUCGAUUAUACAAGCACUUUCCAGGAUGGCGCUUCGAGGCAGUCAAUCAAGCAUUGGGUUCCCCAAGUCAAAUGAACUCGACUCCAGUCAUCAGAAAAGAUACAACUCUUCGGAGGUGGCGAAUGCGGUAGCAAAAGAUGGCUUCAACGCUGCAGGAUAUAUGAAUCGGAGCAAAAUCAUGAAUGAGUUGCAUGAGGAACAUAUCCAGAGAGAAAUCGAAGACCGAUUCAUGCAUGAACCUGGCUACGCGGCCAUGAUGCACGGUCACGAGCCCUCCAAAGGCGCUCGAAUUGACGCAAGCAUUGCGCGGGAGGAAGCUGAACUGUUGGCGAGAAAGACGAAAGAGACGAGACAUCUUCCGGGCAAGAAGAUGUAGCAUAAGACUGCAAAGAGCGACUUGAACCAGGGGCUCGCCGAAGAAGAAUAUGUCAACCUGGCCAGACCGGCAAUUAAACUCCAAUUAUCCAACCUUGUCUUUGUAUUAUAGUCAGUCAACAUGUCAUUGGAAGUAGUGUCACGGGCUUCAUCCCGUCGGUCUAUUGACUUAACAUGCCAGUCGCUGUGUACACAGAUUUCUCAAUAUCUUGUUGCC